AUCGUAUUUGGGUAGGAUAGGUAUUAUAAACUAUUUUAACUUUUUUUUAAUUACCCCAUCUGAGGAUAAACUUCACCUUUCAGUACCGUUCCUACCGUACGGUACAAGCUUCCCCGGAACGGUCUCAGCGUCUACCGGUAUGGUAGUUACUGACUGUCACUCCGUACAUAGAUCUAGUAGUUGAUCACAGGAUCACAGGCGAGCCAGUAGCCAGCGUUUGGACCCUGGACCCUGGACCCUGGACUGACGAAACAGUUUCCAAGCAAGUAAGUGUGAUUAGUCGCAUUCAGCUGGACAUUCUUGGAGAGCCGAUCUGUGCUGUAGUCAUCUCCUCAAUCGGUUCUGGCCCUCGCUCAGAAGGCAGAAAGCCAACUCCACUUUUGGUUAGAGUGGCCACAAUACCGGUAGCCUUGCAUGGCUACCUCAGAAGACGAAAACAAGGCUCCCUUCGACCGAACAGGCCAUCAGAUAGAUCGUCACCACUGUUCCUUGCAUUUCUUAACACGGUGUCAGGGAGCUGUUGAAGUCUCCAAACCGCGAAUUUUAAGGUUUAGAAGCUGCCAUUCUCACAUCUUACAAAGGCACUGAAACGAGUAGAAGAUGACGGUGCCUCACAUCGAACAACGGCUCCAGCGUUUGCUGCAGCGCCCAGGGAAUGACACCUGCUCAGAAUGCGAUCGUUCUGACAACAAGCCAACAUGGGCGUCCUUCUUCGUAUGCCCGGUCGACAACAGGAAGCUGGGCGUUUUCUGCUGCCCCAAUUGCCACUAUCUACAUCAGAGUGUGGGAGAGGGAGAGUUCCGCUUGAAGGGGCUAAGGGAUACAGAUGAAUUCACAGAAGAUGAUCUGAGAGCCCUAGAGAUCAGUGGUAACAGUCUAGUUAACACCGCCUUUGAAAGGCUGGUGCGAGAUGAAAAGGACGAUCGCGACAUCCGCAAGUAUGGCUAUGAGGCCUACUUCUUUGAGAAGUUUGUAAAUCGUAGAUUUUUCGACGAAGGAACCUACAAGGAGUUGAUUGCGCAGUCUCUGGAAGCCAAUGCUGAAAAGCAACCCAGACGAUCCUCGAGCGACAAGAGGCUUGAUAGCGGUAGACGAUCCUCGAGCGACAAAAAACUUGAUAGUAGCAGGCGUUCAUCAAGUGACACAAGGCUCAAUGAAGGAGAGGAGAAGAGGCAUAGGGAUGAUAACCGAAGUCAAAGCAAGGGUGAUCUCGGCAGCUGCUUCAUCCGCAAAGAGUAUAGAAAGUCUAGUAUGUCCCACAGAGACAGAGAUACAAGGAGUAGAUGCGACGAUCAAUCCGUUGGGAUGGAUUCAAGGAUGUCUCGGAGAGAGCAAAGAGAGAAGGACGAAAAGAAGUCUAGAUCUGGAAGAGACUCCAAUGAUAAGCCGCGGUCGCGCUCUAAUACGUCAAGAAUCAAAGACAAGUACAGUGAGCGAAGCUCCCACCGUCGUUCAAGAUCUUCGUCAAGGCCCGACGAUGGUGGGGAUACCAGCUCCCAUCACCGUUCCAACUCGCGUCUCCGCCGCUCGAGCACUGACCGCAACAGACGCAGUCGCAAUUCCAGCAGCAGUGGCAGUCGUGCCGACAAGGAUCAACGAUCGAGAGAUGAAGAUCGUCACGGCAGCCGGAAUAGUUUGGGCUACGAGAGCAGUCACCACCAUCGUUCUCGCUCAACGUCAAGGCUUGAGGACGGUCAGAGCAGUUCUCAUCACCGCUCGAGCGACCGGAACCGAAGCGACCGUCAAGUCAGCAGCAAUAGUCGACCUGACAAAGAUCAAGCGUCUUCCCGUGAUAUGCGAGAUCGGCCCAGUAGCCGAAACAGUUUGGGUCAUGGUAGCAGCCACCACAGAUCGAAAUCUCGCUCCAAGUCCAACGAUCGCGACGGAGAAGAGGAGCGAACUCUUGCUUCCAGGCAUGGCCACUUCAAGAAGAUCUCUGGGCGUUGCAACGACGAUGUCAGUGACGGGGACCUACGUCUUCAACGCGAUACCAGGAAAGGCUCGAAGAAUGACUUGUGUGAUGAAAGUGGAAGAGGCGGAGAUCUUAGUCAUAGCAUCAAGAGGGGCUCCAAUCAGGACUUGUUGGAUGUGAGUGAUGUCGAUGAGGACCGCGGCCGUUCUUCGUCAAAUAAUGAUCUGACAGGGUAUCACAAUCGCGCCAACAAACGUCGGGAGAUGCGCAAGGACGGGUUGAAACGAGGCGUCUCUCCCAAGCGGACAGCUUCGUCCGGCAAGGUCUCCUCCCUUGGGGUUGAGAAACCGCCGUCUCGCAAUAAUAGUUCCUCCGAAGUCAAACGGUCUUCGUCGUCCAGCCUCAAGAAGUCGAAAUCGGGAGGUUCCCUAGCAGAGAAUCAAGGAGAAGGAAACGCAACCUGGGAUUUAGCUGACCUCCGUGGAGGCGUCCAGCGGGCAGCGUCGUACCGCCCUGUCAAGAGGGAGGUCAGUGGCAGAAGCCCAGUGCAUGAUUCAAAGGACAGCCGAGCCAGAGGAGUGGCAAGAAGCAUCUCUGCCGCUGGCGCGAUGCUCCGCCCACCUGAAGUAAGCGAGGGCGGAACCUCACUAAGGCAAUGUUCAACACCACCUGCCAGCGCGAAUCCCGAUGCCGCAUCGGCACCCAAGAAAAUCUCAGCACGUGAGUUCCUUCAAAGUCGCAAGGCACAGCUGCUUGAGAUUGCAAAGCAAGAAAAAUUGGAAAGAGAAGCUACCGGCAAUCCCGUUGUAGAAGAAGAAAUGAACCCUAUGGACUUCCUUCGAAGCCAUCGCAAGCAAAUCAUUCAAAUGGCUAAAAGAGAACGAUCCGCAAGAGGAGCACCCAUUCAGAAGGGUCUUGUCCGAAGUACAUCAUGCAUCAGCGCUCAAACAUGCGGGUCAUCUUGUGCUCCAUCCUCGGUUGCCAGGACCGCGCCCUCCCAAAGGGGUUUACGAGGUUCGGCAAGCAGUAGCUGUGUCCAAUCUCAUGGCCCGCCAUGUCAAGCCGCGGGAGAACAUGUAUCUGCUCGAGACUUUCUCCGCAGUCGCAGAAGCCAGCUCCUGGAAAUUGCAAGGCAGGAAAGACUGGAAAGAGAGGCUGCAGGCAACCCUGUAGCCGAAGAGCCGCUCAAUCCGCUCGAUUUUCUACGAAGCCAGCGCAAGCAAAUUGUCCAGAUGGCCCGAAAGGAACGUGCCGCUAGGGCAACAGCGGCCAGUCCAAUGCGGGGACGUAACAUGGCGGAGAGACAACGUGCUCAACUGGCGUAUGCCUCGCAACCUGCCGCAGCGUAUGCGAUGCAUGCACUCCAAGCGGAACAAGCUCAAGUGGCGGCGGGUCAUGUUCACGGGCAAGGCGUACAGUAUGCCAAUUCGCAAUGUGGCCCUCCUCAAGCACCAUACGCUCAGCAUAUGGGGUAUGCGCAGAGCUUUCAUCGAGUUCCUGCACCAUCUCAGAUGGGGUAUGGCGCACAAGUCCCCAACACCAACAUGGCUCGUCCUGGCUAUGUUGUCCAAGACUUUAACGGAGUCCCUUCACCGGCUCAGAUAGCAUACUGCGAACAAAUGACAGGAAUACCAACGGGACAAGACCUUGGAUAUGGUCAACAGCACGGAGCCCCAGCAGGGGCACGGAACGAGGUUUGCGCAUCUGGAGAAAAUCGAGGGGCGAACUACUGGAGACAAAGGCUUCAGACACAUGAUAGCAACGACGAUAUGUCUCCACAUGCUAACCAGGAGAGUGGCAGGUCCUCAAUGUCGAACACUACAUCUGUGCCAACUGCUUGUGCUUGAAGAGUUUGCUUCUUUUUGAUGACGAGGUAAACGUUUACCUUUCUUCAGUUGCAUAGCCUCCUUUAUGAUUAGACCUUCUUUUAUAAGAAACGUUGAUCUCUCGAUGCCACACGUUUAGCAUCAUGUUUUUGUGUGGGGUUACAUACAUAUUAUAGCCGGAGUAGAGUGGCCUGGCGGUGCGGCCCCCUCCUCACAUUCACCGACUGCAUGCCAACUGCUUGUGCUUGAAGAGUUUGCUUCUUUUUAAAAUGAAAUGGUAAACUUUUACCUUUCAGUUGCAUAGCCUCCUUUUAUGAUUUCACCGACUGCACCGAACAUCCCAUUCCCAACUUCAGGACUUGUACAGUAGUAUGCCCGUCAAGCCCGCCAGCAUGCCAACAUGUACCAGUCAUCUCUUGAGAGAGGAGAGCUGCCGGAUGGGUACGUGUAUCUCCACUCCAUUGAAUCCAAUGUAUAACAGCAUAGUACGGUACGUUACACGUUACAGUACGAGCCACCGAAUAACUUCAACGCCCUAUAAUUUGGUCGGUACAUUCAUCUUUGGCCGGACUUUUCGGCCACUAGCUAUGAGGCGCGAUUGGAUCUUCGGUUUACCUCCAGCAGCACAACAGAUCAAAACCUCUGCUGACACCUUUUUAGUGUCACGUACUGCGUGGCUGGAUCAUAAAAUUUGCUCAGAUUCUAUGAUUCUAUACUCUAACAGUACGGUACUGGCUGUAAGUAUCCAGCAAACUAACACAACAGCCAGAGACUGGAUCCCACGAGAUAGGACAGAUAUAUCUUUGCAAUGCCGUUCAAGGUCUGACCAAGUCGUGGAGAAGUAGGGAUAUGA